AUGCCCGCCAACGUUGCCCUCCUAGGCUCUGGGGUCUUUGCCCAAGCCUCGUACUUACCCGCCCUCAUCAACCUCUCCAAGUCGAAUACCCUCAAUCUCCACACCAUCUGGUCCAGGUCAGAGUCGUCCGCCCAGACUCUUCACUCCAAGUACACGCCGCCCCAGGGAUCGUCCGCUCCUGCGCUCCAGUAUGGGGAUGACGGUCUCGCUGCCGUACUUGCCGAUGACGAGAUUGACGCGGUGCUGUUUGUCUUGCCGAUCACAAAGCAGCCGGACCUCGUCAGGAGGGCUUGGAAGGCCGGCAAACAUGUAUUGAGCGAGAAACCCCUGGGCAGGGACGUCAGGGAAGCUAAGGAGCUUGUGGCAGAGUAUGAAAGGGUCUAUAAGCCAAAGGAUUUGAUUUGGCGGGUUGCCGAGAACUAUGCCCACGAGCCUGUCCUUCGCUGGGCUGCAGACCUAUUGAAGAGCACCCCAGAGGCCGGCCCGAUCCUGUACUGGGACCUCAAGUUUAUCGCCUUUGUUGAGGAUGGUAGCAAAUAUCACGCUACCAGCUGGCGCACUAUCCCCGACUAUCAAGGUGGAUUCUUGCUCGACGGUGGCGUCCACUGGACCGCCUUCCUCCGUACCGUCCUUCCGCCCGCCGCCCGCCCUGCCUCCGUAGUAGCCUUCUCCUCCCUCCACCGCGCCUUCCUCCUCCCCCACGACACCAUCCAAGCCAUCGCCCUCCCCGCUCCUUCUUCCACCAUUCCCCCCAACGGCCCCAAGACCAAGCUUUCGUCGGCCGACAUCACUGAAUCCGAAGUCCCUACCCAGCCUGGGCAAUCGACGCCUAGGGGUCAAGUCACCAUGUCGUUCGCCAAGCCCGACCUUCCUCCUUCCGCUCAGACCCCCAACGGUCUUUAUAUCACCCUCUUGAAUGGCUUCUUCUCUAUCGAGUCGAGCCUCACGCGAGAGUGGGUUGCAAAGUUCGUCCCUGCUCAGGGUAGCGGGCUGGAGGCAAAGGAGAAGAGGAGUCAGAUGGAAGGGGUGGAGGUGGAGAUUGGUAUGUUUGCCAAGGCUGUGGCAGCGCAGAAGGAAGGGAAGGAGAGUGGGGAGCAGAACUUUGGCGAGCCUAGGGGUGCGCUUUGGGAUUUGGGAAUGUUGGAGGCUAUGCUCAAUAGCAAUGGUGCCGAGACCAAGAUCGAACAGUAG